AUGGGUCGAAGAAAGAUCGAGAUCAAGGCGAUCAAGGAUGAUCGCAACCGAUCAGUUACCUUUUUGAAACGAAAGGGUGGUCUCUUCAAGAAAGCGCAUGAACUCGCAGUAUUAUGUUCGGUAGAUGUCGCGGUCAUCAUUUUUGGUCACAACAAGAAGCUCUACGAAUUCUCAUCAUGUGAUAUGCGAGAGACUUUGGGUCGAUACCAAUAUUACGGCCCGCCGCACGAACAUAAAGGCCCCGAGGACUUCAAUGGAAAACGAGACGAUGACGAUGACGAGGAUGAGACCACUCCUGCUCCGGAUGAGAUGCAACCUACAACCCAGAACCCACCUUCUGUUGUCCCCGCUCACAUCCCCAGUCAUCCCGGUUUUCAACACAUCAAUCAUGCACCGUCGGCGUCCCCGCCCAUUUCGAAUGGAAUACCCUUUGACCCGCGACAUGGCACUCCGCAACCUCAAGGCGCUUCGAGACCUUCGUCAAGAAACCAUCUUCGACGCGUGAGUUCGAAUCUGGGCCCGCAGCAACAUCAUGGAACUCCACCGCCUCCUCCACAGAAUGGAUUCGCAUACAUUCCCAAUCCCUCGAUGUAUCAUCCCAAUGCCAACCCCAACAUGGCCCAACAACCGCGGCCACCCCAAUUCGCACACUAUGGACCGCAACAGCCGCUGCCGCCACACGCCAUGCCUCCACAUACCAUGCCUCAACCAGUCCCGCCGCACCAUCAAGCCCCGCAGCAUCUUCCCCAGCAUCCGCAUCCGCUUGCUCAGCAGACACCUGCGAUGGGACUCUCGCAAGCGCCUCAUGCGUCAAUACCACAGGUUGCGCAGCCUUUCUUGCCCGAACAAGGGAGAAACUCGAUGCCACCGGCGUUUCCGACAGAACAGCCGCAACCACCUCGACCGGUGUCCCUGCCCGAUGCUUCCUCGGCAGAUCAGAUGGUUGGUCCUUUGAAGGUGGAAACAAGCCCCUCUCCUCCACACCAGCGAUCGUUGUCCUCGAAAUCGCGCAGUAUCUUCACGCCGAUCGAUGACCGCGGCUCCGUUCUGGCCCGUCACUUCGGACUCGGCCCGCCUACAUGCGAGUCUCCACGCACUGAGAGUACCGACGUUAAGGCAGAAUCAAAACAGAAUGACUCGAAACAAAUCAAGCCUCCCGCUCAAUCUGUGGCGCCUCCACCACCGCCUAAGACGACAACCGACUCGACGCGGUCUCAGUCAGCUCCUGAUAUUAAGCCACCGCCACGGACGAAUAGUGGUCAACUGCCCUCAAAGCGGCCACAGCUCAAGGUACAAAUACCAAGCGAGAAUUCUGACCGGGGGAGUGCAGCAGAUUCGUCGUCGUCCACCUGUAACAAGACGGUGACUCCAGCCAAGGCUAAUCCCGACACCAAUCACUCCGGCGUGGUUCUCCCUCCACCGUCGCCAUCUGCUGGUGCAAUCCUGAGCGCAGGUGCCACCGGGCCCCCAAAUCCCUUCGCUCGACCGCCGCCGCCGGGAACUGCAAGCCAGAACAGCAAUGCGUACAACAGCAAUAACAAUAUAGAGACGCCGAUCUCUGCUCUGCCCAGUCGAUUUGUGUCUGAUGCUCUUCUUCCGUCGCCGUCGAGUUUCUUCCCGGAGUGGGGGUUCGGCAGGUCCGGUCCCGAUACGAACAUGCUGCCUAGUCCUCUGACCUUUCCCACUCCAGCGGUUCAGACCGGUCCAGGGUUCACGCGCGAAGAUGAACAGGAGAAGAAGCGCAAAAGUCCCGACAGCGGCCCUAGCAUUGAGGGAACGGCAAAGAAAUCCAAGACGUGA